GAAAGGCGUUGCAGCUUGUGUAUGGCUUGUUUCUCCCUCCUGUAGGGCCCCUGGACUGGGCGGGAGAAAAGGGGAGGGAGAAAGAGAAUGAAAGAAAGAAAAACAGAAGAUGGACAGACGGAGAGAUAGAGAGUGACGAACAGACAGAGAGAUAGAGAGUGACGAACAGACAGAGAGAUAGAGAGUGACGAACAGACAGAGAGAUAGAGAGUGACGAACAGACAGAGAGAUAGAGAGUGACGAAUAGACAAGUAAACAGGCAGAUACAGACAGACAGACAGACAGACAGACAGACAGACAGACAGACAGACAGACAGACAGACAGACAGACAGACAGACAGACAGACAGAAAAUCCUUACAUGACUUCCGUGCCAAAGAGAGCCAAAGGCUUUAAGCUAUACUGUGGUCACAUUGGAUUUAACUGUAGCAGCAAGGACAGGCCAGCCCAGGACAGGACACACCAGGACAGGCCAGCCCAGGACAGGCCAGCCCAGGACAGGCCAGCCCAGGACAGGCCAGCCCAGGACAGGCCAGCCCAGGACAGGCCAGCCCAGGACAGGCCAGCCCAGGACAGGCCAGCCCAGGACAGACCAGCCCAGGACAGGCCAGCCCAGGACAGGCCAGCCCAGGACAGGCCAGCCCAGGACAGGCCAGCCCAGGACAGGCCAGCCCAGGACAGGACACACCAGUGUUGUUGAGAUGGUAAUCACUGCAUAUCCCUGAGGUGUGUUGUUGCCUUGGAGACACCAAGAUGUGAAGCAAUCCCAGGAGAACAAUCGUUGUGAAAACAAAGUGGAAAGUGAUCAGUGCGCUCCAACACCACUCAGUACCAACAGCAGGGGGAUAGAAUAGACAGUUCUCAGAGAGAGGUGAACAGAGAUUAUUUCAUAGAACCAGCCAAUCACCCUUCAGAGGCAGAGGAAGAGGACUCCAAGGCAGACAUGUUGUCCUCCACGCUGGAGUCAGCUCUCGCCCCUCACUGGAGUGUCCGAAUACGCAGGAACAAGCGGGGUGUCGCCUGCACCAACAUUGGCGUGGUUAGCAAGGCAACCAGCGAGCCCGGACAGGAACCCCAAGGGAGUGGACUGGAAGUGGGCGAGGGGGGAACAUUUUUGAAGCUGCACGACCCUCUUGGGACUGACUCUGUAGUACAACAACAACAACAACAACAGUUUUUGGAGACCAAGAACCAACGUGUUGGGGAGAGGGGGUUGACCCUCGGAUCUCAAGCCCAUGAGAGGGCUUCAACCCUGGCUAGCAGCAGAAGCACAGUGGGGGGCUGGUUUGAGGGGAGUACCCCCAGCCACAAACUAGACCACCCAACGAAGGCCCCAGUUUCUAAUUCUGUCUCUCUGGAUGUGAGUUGGGGGAGGCUGAACAACAGAGGGGUAGAAGGUGGAAUUGACUUCCCUGAUACUCCCACCUCUCCAUUCUCUCCAAACCUGAAUGUACACAGGGGAGUGUCACAGGCUGGUCGUCAAGGAGACCAGCAGUCACUGCUGAGUUCCAAACUAACAACCAGUAGCCACCUUCUCUCCCUAAGGAGGCUCAACACUAUUGCUAGCUCCACCCACUCAGAGACCAACGCUCCCUCUAUCUCCUCUCCAACCAAUCACAGGGAUGGAGAGACUUCAGGUCCACAUUUCUCUCCAACUGUAAACAAUGACAGAGCAUCACAGACAAUUAGGGCACACCUUUCCUUAACCUCAUCCAAUGACGGAGACAGAGAGAGGUCCAAGUCCCUCCCCUAUUCAGCUUCCCCCACUUACAGGACAACAGAGAGGUCAAGGCCCCUCCCCUUACCAACUUCCAAAAACAGAGAAGCAGACACACACAGAACACACCUAUUUUCAACCUCGCCCAAUUACCAAAACACAGAGGGCACACCCCGUACCAACCUUCCCCAGACUUCCAGGGUUUAUCCCAACAAAACCUUCCCUAGUAAGCAGACUCUUUUGUUUAGUGGUGUAGAGAGACGUCCGCCCUUAGAGAGAUCAGGUGCAACCACAGUCCAUCUGUCUUCCUCUCCCCCAUCCCAAUAUGGCCACCUGGAAUCUCUAAGGAGUCAGCCUCUUCCCAGAGAAACCACACGGAGGUCUACUAGCCGGAGACAAUACACCAGUCUAGAGGAUAGUGGGUCUAAUCUCAGUUCCCCCCUCCUCAGUCCCACUACCACCACCACUAUCAACCACAACAACAACAACCACACAUCCAGCCUCUCAAGCACUUCUAGCAACAAUAACACAGGCCCCUGCAGCACCAAUGAUAUCACAGGUGUUAAUCCCCAAAGCAGCAUCAAUAACUCCAAUAACACAGGCCCCUGCAGCACCAAUGAUAUCACAGGUGUUAAUCCCCAAAGCAGCAUCAAUAACUCCAAUAACACAGGCCCCUGCAGCACCAAUGAUAUCACAGGUGUUAAUCCCCAAAGCAGCAUCAAUAACUCCAAUAACACAGGCCCCUGCAGCACCAAUGAUAUCACAGGUGUUAAUCCCCAAAGCAGCACCAAUAACUCCAAUAACACAGUGCAAAACCCCCACACCUCCCCAUCCCAACUGCAGUCCCCUAAAACUGCCUACACCCCUACCACAACCCCCCAACCACUAAUACUUAAAACCAGCUACGUCCCCAGUAACCCUACCCCCUACACCCAACCGUUGUCCCCAGCCAGCUACACCCCCAUAUCCCUGAGUAUGACCACCACCCUGGACCCCUCUACUCCUCCCUUCUCCCCACUCAGCGCACCACCUCUUGGGGAGAGGACGUUCACAGGCAGCCUGGCCCGCUCCCCUAAGAAACACCAGUACCCGGUGGAAGAGAGGGUAACAUCACAUAGAGUGUGGCAUGAGUCUCUGGAGCCACAACGCUCUGAGGAAACCAGUAGGAGGCUGUCACAGUCUCAUUCACGUCAGAGCCCAGCUGACCUGACCAGCACUACGGCCCCAACCAGACCCAUCCGUAGUGUAGGGUGUCCUGCCAUCUUCACCUCCCUGAGAUUGGGGAGCCCCACCUGGGCUAUGUCACUUCUGUCUCCCCAAACCCCCAGGACCACCAAACUACAGGUCUGGAGGGGAGACUCAAUGCAUAAUUUAUCCAUAAUGCAUGAUACAACGGUGAAGGGGGGGGGGCGAGCUCUCUCAGAGCGUGUUAGCAACCACAAUUCACGGUUCACAUUCGACCACACGGGAACAGACUCGACCGCACUAGGACCACAGAGGAAGACGUCUGCCCCUCUCUCCCUUCCUGAUUUUGUGAGCUUUUACAAGCCUUGGUUUAGCUCCCUGCCCUACUGCACUCUCAAGUCUUCACGAACAACCCUGGGUGAGUUCACACACACAACCUCACCACAAACCCCUCUCUCACCCUCUACUUCACCCCAAACCCCUCUUUCACCCUCUACCUCACCCCAACGCUACCCCUUCUACAGCCAUCGCAGGACUGGGUCAUGGGACAGUUCAAGGGUUGUUGCCUUGGAAACGGAUAGUGUCAUCGUCAACUCCAAACAGACCAGUGAAGACGAUGUUGAGACACUUGUAUACCGGAUUUCUGAGAUCGAUUCCUCCACCAUAUUGGACAGUAUUAGACUUGCACAACCCUGUUUUCCUCUACACACUCCAGACACACAAGUCGUCACAGAUAUCAAGUCAAAUGAGCUCUCGCGUCUCACCGCUGACCUCUCACAAUCGUCACAACACAGCCAGGUGAUAGGAAGUCCCAGCUGUCAAUCAUACCAAAGCGCCAAUGACAGUGGAGCAUUAGACCCUGAGAAGGUUGUGUGUAAAAUGGAAAGUUUCAUUAAGAGUGCAGUGGUCCCAUUACAACCUCAGAGCCCAUCGAAAGUGGCAGAGAAGGGGCAGAAGGGAAGGAACAAAAUGGACCUGGUGCUGAGUCGACUCCAGCCGACCUUCAGAGUCAACCAUCUGGAUGACGAGAGGAGGGAGAGGACACCCCAGCCUUCCUCUGUCAGCAGAGCAUGUGACAUUAGUGAUGGCACUGACUGUAGUGAAUCUAGCGAUCAAGCAGAGGAGGACAGAAGGGACAGAUGGAGGGAGAAUGAUGGCUUUAUCAAACCUUCAACCUCUUUCUGGGCUGGCAGUGAGCGCACAUCAGAUAUGACGAAGGAAAAUGUUAGAUGUGAACACUCACAAGGUUUAAAAGACAACAAAGAGUCUAGAAACAGAGACCAUCCUCAUGAUAUGGACCUUCCUCAAUUUGAGGCUUACAACGACAAAAGCUUCACUCUACCCAGAAACCAACCUUCUAGUCCAGAGAUCAGCCCAACCAGGCGACAGUUUGAAGCUUACCAAGAGGAGAGGAUCAGUAGAGCCAGAAAGCAACCUCCUCAGAGAGACUUCAGCCCCGUUAGGCAUCAACCCUGGGGCCCCAGCCACUCUGCAAGCCUCCCUGCCUACAGAUCCUCCUCAGGCAGCCCCAGGAACACUUUCUCCGUCUUCCAAUUCAGCCAUGAGGACUCCAAGAACGACAAUGUCUUCCAUUUCAACCACGAAGAUUCCAAGAACCACAAUGUCUUCCAUUUCAACCACGAGGAUUCCAAGAACCACAAUGUCUUCCAUUUCAACCACGAGGAUUCCAAGAACCACAAUGUGUUACUCAGCCCCAGGCUUCCUCAUACGAAGAAGACUACCUUUCUCUGUGAGCCAGGGGAAGGAGGGUUUGGUUCCAGGGUGGGCCAGCGUGGCAGUGAGGGACGUGUGGCCUCCUUCUCCUCCUGUGCUGAUCUCAAAUACGGUCUGGAGGCCGGACGUUCCUUCUCUGUGAGCUCCGUGCUCUCCAGUCGACCUUCUGGUCCUGGACGCAUCUCCACCAGCCCCAGGAUCAGCAGUGUCAGUUACCUCACUGACCCCUCUCUGUCCUUUGGAGAAGAAGUCAUGACUUGGGAUGACCUCCGGGUCAAAGGUGAUUGGAUAAUACCAAUGUGGGACACACACACAACCACUAGCCACAAAACCACUGGUGACAGCCAAGCUGUAAAAACCACAGGUGACAGCCAAGCUGUAAAUAACUGGUCCGUCAUUAGUGACCAGACCUCCAAAAAUGAGCGUCAUGCAACCACCCCUCCAUCCCCUCUCUGGUCCCCAGCCUCCAGACGCAUAUCUCGCCCCACCAGCUCCUCCUACCCUGCCUCCACCUCCCCCACAGACCGCAGGGUGUCACAGAACAGUCUGUCCCCCAGGGGGCGCUUGCCCUCCAGGGGCUACGUCUCCAGCCUGGCUGCCUUCGAGGAGUCCGACUCAGACUCAGCCUUUGACAUGGACUCUGACACAACCACAGACGAUGAAUACUGCCUGCCAGGUGACAGCGGCGAGAAGGAAACAGAACUGUGAGAGGAGACAAUGUAUAGUCUAAAGUGGGUCUGUCUGUCUCCUUUUGGUUUCCUCACAUAGAAAGGAAACCUCUUAAGCUACCAUCUGAUUCAGAGAGGUUGGGUUAAAUGCGGAAGACACAGUUGGUUUGAAUGCGUUCAGUUGUGCAACUGACCAGGUAUCCCCUUCCCUUUCCCUGUUUAUGAACAGUAAAAACAGACUUCAUUUGGUGUCCAUGACAGUAAGUAAGACUGCACUGUCAGAGUGAACAUAAUAUCAUAUCACAGGUUAAAUGUGAUGGUGCUCAUGUCAUCCUGGUACUCAAAGAGCAGCUUAUCACAUGAGCUCACCACAUCCAAGACCAUGGCUCUUUGUUUGUUUUGUCACAGGCUGCUCCGAUAUUGACCUCUCACUUGACAUGUGCUGAUAUUUGUUAAAUGAUCGGUGGGAAGUGUACACUGAGUGUACAAAACAUGAGUUUACCUCCCUUUUUUCCUCACCUGGAAAGAGCAGGUGGAAAGAGCAGGUGUUCAUAAUGUUUUCCACACUCAGUGUACAUGCUGGGUUGACUGUACUACUUUAUCAGCUACACAAAAUGAGUUAACAAUUGGCUCUGUAAAGCUAUUCUAUCCUGUUCUGAUCAGGGCCUGUAUUCACAAAGCAUCCCGAAGUAGGAGUGCUGAUCUAGGAUCAGGUCCCUCCCGGUACAUAUGAUUGUAUUCAUUGUGAUCUGAAAGCCACAACUGAUCCUAGAUCAACACUCCUACACAGACUCCUUGUGAAUACAGGCCCUGUUGUGGUUGAGCCCUGCACCUGAUGAGAGGUAUAUCUACCAUCAUUAGAGUGCGUGGCGUCUACAUUUAAUUGCUGCUCAUCAACAGGCUUUAAGAUAACAUCCUAUAUGAUAUACAGGGUAAAUAUCUUUGAGCGUUUUUGUUGUCAUGGGAAUGAUUGUUUGCGUUUCUUUUUUGGUUAUCCUUGAAGGCUUUUCGUGAAAUGCUUAUGUAUACAUUAUAAACAGAUCAUUGUUCUGCAA